AAACAAGGUUUGAGUAACUUCCAAGGUCCACAAAGGAAACAAUGGUGGUGAAAUAGUAGCUUUUACAGCCGUUUCUUUAAAAUGUUUCCUUAUUUCAACCUACCUGGAAUUACUGGAUGAUAAAAACAGACCAUAUAUUAAUUAGCUCUAGUAAGGAUGAAUAAUUAAUAGGUCUUGUGCGCGUCAACACAGCCAUCCAACUGUAAUGCAGUAACAACAAUGCUCAGCUGUUGACACCUGUAAAGUGCUACAUAAAGGACAUUCAACCUAAACGGGGGUGAAGUCAUGUGUGGCAGGUCAUUGUGUUAAAAAAACAUCAGCUGUGAUGGAAGAAAACCGAUUCAAUUUGUCAUUCGAUGAGAAAUAAAGUCCAACAACAACAAGUUAUACUUUAGACGCCUGUGUUUGUGACCGGGAGGACAGACUGGCACGUGUGUGGGUGUGUGUGUGUUCGUGCAUGUACGUGCGCGCUCCGUAUUCUUAUUGCUCUCUCUCAUGUGCCCUUUGCACCUUGAAUGCAGCUUUUAAAGGACAAAUGCCUCUUUUCCCAGCGUUCUCUUUUCAAAUCAGCAUGGCUCGGCGUCAAAGGCUCCUCGUUAUUGGAUUAUUGAUUUUUAUUUCAGUGCAAUGGACAUUGUGUGUUUCAGAAGAUGAGCUCCAUGCUGAUUACUGGAACAACAAAGGGAAGCAGGCUCUUCACUCUGCCCUAAAUAUUCAACCUAAUAUCCGCCAGGCCAAGAACCUUAUCCUCUUCCUCGGGGAUGGUAUGGGAGUAACAACAGUGACUGCUGCCCGGAUCCUCAAGGGCCAGAUGGCUGGACACUCUGGGGAGGAGACCAGUCUGGUCAUGGACACCUUUCCUUACCUGGCACUGUCAAAGACUUAUAAUGUUGACCAGCAGAUGCCAGACAGUGCAGGCACAGCCACAGCGUACUUAUGUGGCGUCAAGGCUAACUAUGGCACCCUGGGUGUCACUGCUGCCACUCCAAGAGAAAACUGCAGCGCCAGCUAUGGGAAUGAAGUGAAAUCUAUCCUGUACCGUGCCAAGAAAGCAGGAAAAUCUGUAGGAAUUGUCACAACAACCCGUGUGCAGCACGCCUCUCCUGCAGCAAGCUACGCCCACUCUGCCGAUCGAGAUUGGUACUCUGACUCGGACCUCACCCCUGAGGCUGUUGCGAACGGAUGCCGGGACAUAGCACAUCAGCUGAUCACCAACGUAGAGAUAAAUGUCAUUCUAGGAGGAGGGCGUCAAUAUAUGUAUGGUAGAGAAACUAAGGAUCCAGAGUACCCAGAUGAAAGAGGAGACAGAGUAGAUGGACGAAAUUUGAUUGCAGAGUGGAUUAAAAAUAAAACGAGGGUUAAAUAUGUGUGGAACAAAGCUCAACUUGAUGCUGUCAAUCCAUUGAACACUGACUUCCUGAUGGGUCUGUUUGAGCCCAAAGACUGCCGGUACGAGAUAGAUCGUGAUCGUACCACAGACCCGUCUCUCACUGAGAUGGUGGAGAAAGCUGUUAAAAUUCUUCAAAAAAACCCUAAAGGAUUUUUCCUCUUCGUGGAAGGUGGAAGAAUCGACCAUGGGCACCAUGCAGGGAGAGCCAAAAGAGCUCUUACCGAAACUGUUGAGUUUGACCGUGCAAUUGGACGAGCAGCCGAAAUGACCAGUGAGCUGGACACAAUGACUGUGGUCACCGCUGACCACUCUCAUGUCUUUGCCUUUGGAGGACAUUCUUAUAGAGGAAACCCAGUCAUGGGCAUAUCCCGCUCAAUAGCUAAAGACAAGAAGCGCUUCACUACAGCAGUGUAUGGAAAUGGACCAGGAUACCAGAUAUCAGAAAAUGGAAGCCGCCCAGAUGUGAAUGGUACUAUUUCAUCACAUAAUGAUUACCGUCAGCAAGCUACUGUGCCUCUCAGUUCUGAAACCCAUGGUAUAGAGGAUGUAGCCAUCUUUGCCAAAGGUCCGAUGUCACACCUCUUCCAUGGGGUCCAGGAGCAGAGCUACAUUCCCCAUGCCAUGGCUUUUGCUGCAUGUCUAGAGCCUUAUGAAAACUGCGAACUGCCUGACAACGCAAGAGCCAUCUGUCCAAGUCUGUUGCUCCUCAUGAUGGGCCUCCUUUUUCUCUUUCUGUCAUAAGUCAGUUUGAGAGUCUGAGAUUGUACCCUGUGGAUCAACUGCCUUUGAAAUGAAUUUAAAUUUCAUGGUUGCAUAAUUGAACGGCCCGUAUAAAUAGAUUCAGUUUCUUGAAAAUUAUUUUUGUAAAAAAAAAAACAGUAUUUAUAAAUGUAUAUUUGAAGCCAUCACACACUCCAUUAAAUGUAUUUAUAUGAACAUUUGAAUAUUUUUUAUUAGAACUGAUCCCUAAUUAUUUUUGAAAGUCAUAUUGUAUUCUGGUGAUUAAAAAAAGGAUGGUAAUGUACACAGGAAGUUUCUCUUUCUUUAAGUAUUAAAAAGUGUUCUAAGGCGAGCUUUAUUUCUGGUAGCUAUUUCCGCCUGAAUGUGUAUACAUGACAAAAAUGCACAGUGUACAAAAUAACCUUUAAAUACACAUCUACUAUAAACCAAUGUUUAAGUAGCCAGAACAUUUAAAUUAAUCCAUUGUUUACACACACUCAUGCAAAAAA